AUGAAGGAGCUGACGAGAGACUGGCGCACCACCCUGGCCGCAGCGCUGUGCUCUGAUUCGCUGGAGGUCAACAGGGAAGGGACCAAAGUGAGGCGCAGAGAGCCUCUGCCUGAUUGGCUGUUGAGUGCCCCUAACAGCAAGCUGCUACUAGCCUGGAACCUGUUUGGGGAAAACACAAGAAGUGACAUCUCUACCCUCAGCAGCUUGGACCAACAGGUUGUCCUAGAGAAAGCUCUGAAGCUGUUCAGUGCCCAUGCUGCCGUGGCCUCGCUGCGUAUCCUCCGUCCUGGGAAAGAGCUUCCUGUGGAGCUGAGACGCCAUGCCAGGAGGCAUGCCGAGCUGGGCCGCAGGACGUGUGCUGUGGUGGAGUUUGAGACCCUGGAGGGGGCCAGGUUGGCCUACCGAGCCUUGCAGAGAGGAGGAGCAGAGGGGGCCGUGGUUUGUGUCGCCAGCCUGGGCAGCCCUGGCACGCGCUCACCCCCCUCCUCCUCGUCCCACCCCACCAACCGGCAGGUGGAGAAGGAGGGUGAAGAGGACCCCAAACCAGAUGGAGGCCCCGAGGUGACUAAGGUGUCCCAGAAAAAUCCCAAGGUGAAAUCGAGAUGUUUCACCAACAGCUCCCUGAAGGAUCCAGUCCCGUCUAGAUGUUUCAUAAACGACUCUAUGAAGGAUCCGGAACUACUGAAGAGCUUAGAGUCUGACCCUGCCCAGACCACAGUCCCAACCCUGGGUUCAGCCCCAGCCAGGUUUUCAUGCAGAAGGAUCCAGCGCCAUAAGUCCCUGGACAGCCCCCUGGGCCAGGAGGUUCAUUGCCAAACAUCACAAAGGGAUAGGCCCUCCUCCUCGGACAGCCAUGCGUCCCGCGUCCCCCUGGUCCUGUCUAAGCUCCGGGACUCUAGGUCUGGAGGUGUGGGAAGGAGCAGGUGCUCUGGGGACCAUGCACAGGAGAAGGUGGCCUGCCCCUGGGUGCAGCGCCAGAAGGUGGCUACUAGCGCGGCCCUACUCCACCCGGAAACCCCGGGCAAGCUGCGGAGACAGACUCUGCCCCUGAGGGUGGUGCGUCUGCCCCAAGGACCCUACGGGACCAAGGGCUUCUAUGGAGGCAGGGGAAGAGGGAAGCUAACUCAGCAGCAGUAA